AUGGCGUUGAAGGCGCAGCCGCUGCUCAAGUUCUCUGACAACUGCGCGACUUUGGCCCCGGAGGGAGCUGAGCUGGUGCGAGCGCUGCCAGGACAGAUUUGCCCAAUCAUCUUCGUGGGCGAUGGCCGGAGCGGGAAGUCCUACUUGGCUUCCUGCUUGGUUGGCGCCGAAGAUGCCUUCACUUCCAGCGACUCCGCAGAGUCGGUCACGGAGGGAAUCGACGUCGUGGCGGUUCCCGUGAGCCAGCUUUCGGAGGCGAGCGGGCCGGAGCAUCUCUUGGUCUUUGACUGCGAAGGCGGCAACAACGCUUUGGCGGCCAUUCGGACCCUUGUGAACGUCUUCGGCUUGCUGCUGGGGAGCCAGGUGGCCUUCGUGGCGAACGGCAUGGCCACGGAGCAGGCGCUGCAGACGCUGGGCAUGUCGCUGGCCGCGCGGUCCCUGGUGCGCCUGGAGGGCGCGGAGCUCCCAAAGCAGGAGCUCGUGUUCGUGGUGAACAAAAACACCCUGCGCUACGAAGGCUCUGCACUCGAGAAGAUUCUGGAGCAGAAGUUUGACGACCCCGGGCGUCAGGAGCUCCGGGACACCGUCAGGGAGUGCUUCCCUGAACGGAGCUUCUUCACGGUUCCGCUGAUGGGCAUGCCCGCCUUCGAGGAUUCCCUGAAGUCCCUGCGCGCGCAUCUGGUGGACCGCAGGAAGCCCCUGCAGAUGGGCGGCAUGCCUGUGAGCGGAAGGCAGUUGGCUGGGGUCAUGGAGCUCAUCGUGGCCGAAGUGCAAGCCACGCAGGAAAUCUCCCUGCCCUCCAUGAACAGGUAUGUCAUCUUCGAAGGCUUCCUGUUGCCCCUGACCAAUGACCUGGUGGACUUCGCGCAAGGGCAACUGCCCGAAGUGGUGGACUACGACCCCUGCCUGGCGGAGAGGAACCCCAUUGAGAGAAUCCUGCGGCGCUUUGACGAGUCGAGUGCACACGUGGGCAACGUUACACUGAAAGCAGAGGCUCGGCAAUUGCUGGCAACGAAGCUCUGGGACCUGUGGCACUGGGUGGAGGCAAAGAGCGAGGCCUUGGGGAACGAGGUGUGCGACACCGUCCAAGAGGCGCAGGAGGUGGAACUCAGCCGCUCCAAGUCGGUGGUCGGUGGCUACGGGCUGCUCAAAGAAGUCGUCGUGACAAAGCAGCUGUUUCGGGAAGAAGGGCGUACUGUCCUUCACAGGAAGAGAGGUGGCGACCCAGAGCGACUGCCCUGGAAGACGCUUGGCACCACCGUGACAAGGACCAAAGAGUCGGCCUUCGACUUGCUGCCAUCCUUGCCCAUCCUCAAG